CGUCGUAUCCGUCCGAGCAUGUCAGAACCGCUUUUGGCACAUUCGCGGCUUGUAUCUUCCCAGCUAUCCGCCGACCAACCUUCACACGGCCCGUCUCCCCACAGUGAUCGCAUAGCGAUGCCAUCUACCAAGUCACACCACCAGACCGUAUCCUCGACCGCAACCAAACCCAGCGAUCCGCAUGCGAGUAGUCAAGAAACCACGCUGCUUGCAUCGUCGGACCCCGCAACAGAAGCAGACAGUGGCCUUCCGCCCACCCCUCCCUCCAAUUCGCAUGACACAAUUCCUCCAGCUCAGUUUAGCCCUCCGCCACAUGUAGAUGGAGUAGUAUCGUCGCUGCUGUCCAAUAAACCGUCCACGAGUACCCCCGUGAACCAACGCAGUCCUCCAACUCCCGAUCCCAGCCCUCCCCGUACCAACACCUCCCGCUCCAUGCCGACGAGUACUCCCGAGCGCCCCGUAUUAUUCGGAUAUCCCUCGUCCAGGGCCGAGUCGUUCAAAACGGCUAGGGAGGAUCCUUUCACGACCGAAGAAAGCAGCCGGUCCACGACCCCGUUCCAGACGCCAUGGAAUGGUUUAGGGGAAGACCAAGGACUGGGUUUGGCUUUCGAGCGCGACGAUGGUGACCAAGAGAUCACGCCCCGGAACACGAUCCAUGAGGUCGCAUCCGAAGAUGAGGCGAGCAGUAGCGGCAGUAUCAUUAGAGAUGGCAGGGGUGCCCUAGACGUGGAUCAAAUACCAAAUCGGGAGUGGAACACAGAAUUGAUGAGAAAUGUGACCGUUCGCAAGAAACGGAACCCGAGGCCAGCCUUCACCACACCCCCCAAGCAAAUACAAGCUUCAUCGCCCCCCGUGUCUCCUACCAACGCGUCUAAAUCGCGCCGAAGCACCAGCUUGCGCGAGCGUGUCGAGGCCAGUAGGAACAGUCCUCACACACCAUCGAUCGAAAACUUUGCCAAAUCUAUUGGGUGGCCAGCCGAAGGCCAAGCUGACGUUCUCCCCGAAUCCGCAGACGCAGAUGUAGACGCAGAGCAGAAACGCAUGUCCACAUCGUCAAUGUCUUCGGCGGUAGUGGAAGCUGUGGUCAUUGUGACACCGCCGCAAAGACAACGAUCUCUGCGCCAUUCGGGACGGAACCUAGCAUACGCACGGAAUAUGAGCUCGCCUGCGGAACUGAGUUCGAGGACGCCUUCGAACCGAAGUUCCAUGCAAUCGGACAAGAUCCCGCUCCACAAGCUAGUCCACAAGAGAGCAGACAUCUAUGAUAGGAGAAGCCGCACCAGCAUUGAUUCUGGGUCCUUGAGCUAUCGAACAGAAUCUCCGCUUUUGGUCGAAAAGCGCAGGCAAGAAAGUGCUGCCUCUACUCUAGCCCAUCAAAGGUCGGUUCGGGAAGUUCUGCAGCCAGCAGCGGAAGUAGUGAGUCGAUCAAACUCUAUACGCAGCGCAUAUACAGGAGCUUCUCAUAAGAGAAACUCCUCGGCACCUGAACCUGUGCUGAGGAGGGAGACGGCAUCCCCCAAUCUCCGCGGAUCUAGGGAAGAUAUAUUGUCUCCAAACAAUCACAGUCCGAGAAGGCAUCGCAAGCCACCGCCGUCUAGGUUAGCUCACACACAAACAGCGUCGCCGACCCGCGUUGCCAAUCCAGAGGUGUUGUCUCCUGUGUCACCUGUGGAUAUAUCGCCAGCGACCAAGAGGUUGAGAGAGUUGGACGAUCCUUUCAACAUCAACAAGUCUUUACCUGCGCUUCCCGUGGUGCCAAGUCCUAGACCAGCAAGGGCUCUUGAUCUAUCCCCAGGAGGGUCCUCGGUCAAGAAGGAUAGAGUAGAAGGAGAUCAUAAUUCCCCAGCUCUUGCUGAAAGGGUGCGGCUUCUACUGGCAGAGAAACAGGGAGGAGGGCUAGCCGUGGAUCAAUCUCAGCAUAUCGAGGAGCAUCGAAAGACGCGAACACCUUCCACGGAUACAGUUCCCACCGUUCGGCGUGGCUCUGCGUCCACACGCGGGCGGUCCGAAGAACGAAGACGCAGUUCGACUAGCCAAGAUCGAGGUUCGACCUCACGCGAUACUCUCCGUCCCAGUUUGGAUCGUAUCCCAACUGAAGAGUUGCCUCGUACGAGCCAUGAAUGGCGAUCAUUUCACACGGACGAGCAUGGGCGUGUGAGCUUUGACAGAUCGAUCUCGAGAACAGAAGAGCAUGCCAUGGCACGCCAUCUCUUCGCGCAAACCACCCCAUUCUCGCAGAUCUCUGACACUCCCAUCGAAGUCAGUGAGGCCACGGCUGUCAGCAUUUACCCUCACAACAAUAACUCUCUCCUUGUUGUCCAACAGUUCCCUCGCUCAAGUCUGCAGCCCCCUGAGCGACCACAGCUGCUGGAAGGAAUACAUUUUGGCUCUCCAAGAAUCGAAGAGGACGGUCCAUUGACACCACCUUUCGUUGACGCCAAAGAAACGUUCAAUGAUCCACCUCCUCAGCCUACAUUGACGUUUGAACCUUCAACUCCUCCCAUGCAGAUUGAGCUUCCCAAUCCCAUCGUUGUCGAUUCUCCGCUCAAAAACCCCCGUCAACCUCCAGAGCCCCCGGUCAUUAAAUUCAUUCCCCCCACGCCGGCCGAAGAAUUAGAACGGCAGCUUCCACCUGGGCCACCGAAACGUUCCGACUCCCAUCCACAACGUCGCCUAUCUCUGAAGCAACGUGCACGUCGCUAUUCCGACAACUUCAUCACACCUUUCCUUAGUCGUGCGAACAGUAUGCGUGGCCGCCGUGUUAGUGAGUCGCAUACCAGGCAUCCUCAGGUACCGUCUGUCAAUGAUGACGAUAACGCUCUGCAUCCUUUCUGGCGACCCCGCGGUUUCUGGGACGGCUUUGACGACAGCGAUUCCGAAAGUGACGACGGUUACCUUCCCCGAGGAGGUGAUACAAGCGAUGUCGAAGACGCCGAACCAGAGCCUGCUUCACCACGCAACAUUCGUGCAAUAAGCCGUCGACUGAACAGCAUCCGGAGAGGAUCCUCGGGUGGAUUCCUCAUCGGCAACUCUCUUGGUGUCGAACGCUCAGGAACCAACCGAAGACGGCCUCAAAUCACGCUCCCAUCGACUCGUCUCCGCCCUCUCCCCCGUCUCAACCACAAACCAUCCGCUCCUAAAAUCAUGAUUCAGCCGCCUACACAGCCUCUAGGUUCUCACGCACAACGCAUCCAGAAGUACUCCUCUCACAGCAGUCUUCAAUCUUCGGCUAGCUCUUCGCAGCAACGGCGAGAUCGCCGUGACACAUGGCGCAAGGGCAAGAAGAUCCCUGGUCUCAAGGGCUAUCAAGUUCAAUACAUUGGGCUGAGUGGCGUCCGAGAGCGCAUGCGAGAAAGGAAAGCCGAGAGGAGACGAGAGCAGCUGAGACGGAGUAUCGGUGGGCGUUGGUAUGUUGAGCCCGGUAGUGCUGCGUUGGGUGCUGCCCCUGCUCCUGCUGUUACCGCGUCGACAUCCAACGAGCGCGGGGCUAGCUCCGGUGAUGUUUUGUAAUUCUUUUUGACGAUGGAUUGAUUGAUUGAUUUACAGUUUGAUUCCCCCCGACCUUUCGUAUCAAUGAGAUGUUUUAUAUGCUACGCGUCCCCCUUUUUUUGCCUCAACCUUUUGUUUUCUCAUCUUGCGUUGGAACGAUUUUUGUUUCUCUCCUCCUUAUUCCCCCGUCGUUCCUCACUUCUCUUCCGCUUGUCUUACAUCUUGAAAGCGCACCAGCGUUACUCUUUCCCCCCUUUUUUCAUCUUCUUC